AUGAUUGCUCGCUCUAACAUUUGUGAUGAAGCUGCUGCUCCUCGUCGUGAUAACAACCACGUUAUCAGGAUAGAUGGUAAGCUUUCAGGAGGAGAAAUGUGCGCAAGUCAAAACAUACUUGCUGUCUCGCCAACGAAGGGAAUACGAAGAAAGAAACGUUCAGUCCCUUUCGCGUUAGCCCUUACAAACAACGCUACGAGAAUAUGCUACCCUAAUACUUCGUCGAUCUAA